GGCGCAGGCGGCGCUGGAUCAGGCGGAGCGAGUGUGAAGCCGCACCCAGAGAGGAGCAGAGGAGAAAGGGCAGCAGGGAGAAAUCAGCCCGCAGAGCGGAGAGAGAGAGGCCAGCGCGACCACCCGGGGCACCACAGCAUCCCGCCGAGCCACAGGAGGAGGAACAGGGGGCAGAACUGACGAUCUGCGCCGGAGAGAGAGAGAGAAACGGAGCACAACCUCCUCCAUAGCUCACAUCAUCAUCCCUCCAUCCAGCACAAUAACAACAGCCAGCCAGCCUGCCCAGCCUGCUCAGCCUGCCCGCCCGGAGUGAGCCGCCCCGCCGCCGCCGCUCCACCAGCGCUCUCUCCCCCCUAUACACACACUCACACACCGGUCUCAGCAUGAUCGCCUUAUUUAACAAGCUCCUGGACUGGUUCAAGGCCCUGUUCUGGAAGGAGGAGAUGGAGCUGACCCUCGUCGGGCUGCAGUAUUCCGGGAAAACGACGUUUGUCAACGUGAUCGCGUCGGGUCAGUUCAGUGAGGAUAUGAUCCCUACGGUGGGCUUUAACAUGAGGAAGAUCACCAAGGGAAACGUCACCAUCAAGCUGUGGGAUAUCGGUGGUCAGCCCCGUUUCCGCAGUAUGUGGGAGAGGUACUGUAGGGGAGUCAGCGCUAUAGUGUAUAUGGUUGACGCUGCAGAUCCAGAGAAGAUCGAAGCCUCUAAGAAUGAACUUCACAACUUGUUAGACAAGCCACAGCUGCAGGGCAUUCCUGUUUUGGUUUUGGGCAAUAAGAGAGACCUGCAGGGAGCGCUGGACGAGAAGGAGCUCAUCGAGAGGAUGAAUCUGUCAGCCAUCCAGGACCGGGAGAUCUGCUGCUACUCUAUCUCCUGUAAGGAGAAGGACAACAUCGAUAUCACACUACAGUGGCUGAUCCAGCACUCCAGAACCAGGCGGAGCUGAGAGCAGAGCUUUCGAUUGGAGGAACAGAACCAUGACAUCACCUGUAUGCCGCACCCCCUCGGUUUUAUUCUAAAAAAAAAAAAACGUCCCUGCCCUCCUCCUUUUAAGCCCCGCCCCCAAAACAAGGUUUUGUUCUUGUAAAAUAUUGUGAUAAAUAUGAUUUGCACUGUUUAUGUUCUUUUUUUUUGUUUUUUAAAACAAUUGUAUGCAUUUUUUAUAAUACAUAAUCCAAACUGGACAGAUUUGAUAGUCACUUAUCAAAUAACAAAUCUUGCCAUUGUGUGUGUGUGUGUGUGUGUGUGUCUGAGAGAGUUUAAGUCAGAGAUAUCAGACGUGUUCAGUGUUUCUGCUUAGUCCUGGAAGACCAAUAAGAGAGCAGCGAUCAACUUCUCCAGGCUCCGCCCACUACUGUUAGCUUCAUAGCUACUGUUAUGAGGUGGACCGUGUUACCCAUUACCAGCGUUCUGUAAAGCUUGUGGGUGGAGCUUGGACAAGAUCAUCAUUUUUUUUUUUUUUUAUCCCAUUUUCUUCCCAAUUUACAAGGCCAAUUACCCAACUGUCACUAGUAGUGCACCCAACACCAGGAGGGUGAAGAUUAGCACACGCCUCCUCCGAUGCAGCAUUACCGAGUAGCAUCACAGCGCUAACGCUCGGAGGAAAGCGCAGCGACUCGGUUCUGAUACAUCAGCUCACAGACACAGCCUUGUGCAGAUCCACAUCACCCUUUAGAGUGAUGAGAGGAAAGAGCGCCAUCUACUGUACCCACCUAGAGAGAGCAAGAACAAUUAUGCUCUCUCAGGGCUCUGGCAGCUGAUGGCGAGCUGCAUGACCGGGAUUCGAACUGGUGAUCUCCCUGAUCAUAGUGGGAGCUCUUAACCUUAAAUCUCCUCAAAACUUUUACUUAACUUUUACAUGCUAAUAUUUAACAUUUGACCAAGUUCAAGGCACAAUACAAUUCAAGGCUCUGCUUAUGUGUUUCUGUAUUUUAGUGCUGAACGGCAUCUAAGGGAUCGUAGAAAAAAUAUAUUAUUGAACAAAAUGAAUAAUGAAAUAUAUAUAUAUGUAUAUUUGAUUUAAUAUGAACAUUAUAAUGCAAAGAUGUCUACACCUAUGUUAUAAAGCUGGUUUGACAUCAACGAGGACAGGUUUUGUGUAAAUUAAUAGAUUUAUUCAUUAUUAAUUUUAUUAAGUAUUUUCCUACGGUCUCUAAAGUGCCACUGGGUGCUGGAGAUGGACAUGUGAGUCAAUAUAAUAUAAUCUUGGUCAGAUAUAAUCAUAUAAAAGUGUAGUUUACUAAAAUAUAAAAGCUCAGUUCAGUAAAUAAGGUGGUAGUUUAUUGUCUUUAUCACUGCUUGAAUGUUUAAACGACCCCCAGGUUAGGAACCCUGUGUCAGGCUAUAAACACUACACACAUUACAGAUUAUAUUGGGUUAAAUCCAGAGUUUAGCCCUUAAUUUCUGAGAUGACGGUAAGAAACGACACCAUGCUGCUCAGCAUAGCUAUCCUAAAGUUUUUUUUUUUAGGCCACACCUCUUCAUUUUAGACUUGUGGGAGAUAAAAGAGAUGUUCAAACACUAUGUGAUCCUGAACCCUCGUAGUUUUGAGGCAGCUGUAGUCUUAAAAGCAGCUUUUAAACUUUUUUUUUUUUUUUGUGCAGCCAAACAUGAAAAAAGUGUUGAUUAUCUGAGAUGUAGCACAGCAACCGUAUCUGUCAUGUAAAUCACGUCAUGUUUACACAAAUUUUUGACAGAAUUCUUGGUUUCCUUGCAGACGGACAGGUUUCACUCUCAUUUCUCCCUCCAAAAGAGGAACUUUUAGCUCUCACUGGCUUCAGUCGCCUGUGAAAACACCUUUUUAUUUACACACAGUUAUGAACUACAGUAGUAAAAGAGUUCCUGUUCACACUACACACUGUUCUUUCUGUUUACACCAAUCCAAGAAAUCAGAAAAUCAGAACACACAACAGACCAGCAUGAUGUCUUAUUAGCCCUAUCCGGACAGGAUUAGUAUCUCAGGGGGUUCUGGGGUAAUUUUCUCUUUAAUGGGGGUUUUUAUCCUCUGUGAUUUUAUUUCCGUCCAGAACGAUCAUGUACGUGUUUUUCUCAGACGUCCUCUGAGAUAAAAAAUUACAGGCUGAAUUAUCUACUGUUUUUCUCUGAACUCCGUGCUCCUCCGGUAAUUUUAGUCCCGUCCGGACGCACAUCUCUAAGUUUCGUCUCCUCACGUUUAAUAAAAUAGCUAUUUGUCCACUGCCGCGCAUUGUAAUUACACUUUGGGCAUGCGUUUCCAUGGAGAUCCACAUAAAAAACACAACAGCGAGUGGAAAUGGAGGAGCUACUGAACUUGAUGUCAUGUGACUGAAAAAAACCCCUAAAAACUCACUGGUCCUCCUAUUUUUUGAAUUACAGUCCAGAUGCAGGAGUUUUAUCACUGAGUAGAAGAGUGAAAUACACUGAGAAACUAAUCCCGUUCGGAUAGAGCUAUGUAAUGAAAAACAUGUAUUUCCAAAAUGUUGACUUUACAGGAAAAGACAAAAAAAUUCUUACCUUUUGAAAGGAGUUUUUCAUGUAAUUCUAGCAUUUAUAUUGGUCAGUUCGUGAUUUUCUAAACACAAAAAGAAGGUAAAUUGAGAUGCAUGUUUUUCAUUGGACAGCAGCGAUUAAGUGGUGUACCAUAAUUAAUGAGAUCCGUCGUCCAAAUGCAAUUUUUCCACCUAGGUUUUUCUUCAGUGUUCAGUUUCAUGUUUUUCUUUGCUCCUCAUUUGUACUAAAGGCUGAUUUCUACUUCUGUAUUUGAAAAUGCACAAUUAAAACAACUUUAAAUUGACUUCCAACGCAAGUUAAAGGAACUUCUCCGUCUGACAGUGAUAAUGUGAUAUAAUUAAUUGUUGAUUUUAAGCAUGUAGCUAUAAGUAGCUACAUGCUAUAAGAUUUGCAGACACAGAAGUACUUCAGCCAUUGUUCCCCCAAACUGUGAUUGAUAAACGUAUACAGAAAGCAUUUAGAAGUAAAAAAGAAUGGAAAGAUAGUGAGGAAUAAAUGGAUCAGCUUGUUUUCAUUUUAGCCCCACGGUGUGAAUUGUGUAAAGUGUGAAUGCCAGUUAACUAGUUACUGUGUGAAGCUGAGGCCUUCGCACGUCAAAUAAAUAUAUAUAUCAAGCUGUGCUUUUUUAUUAUUACUUUAUACAGCUCUGGAAAAAUAAAGAGAGCACUUCAGUUUCUGAAUCAGUUUCUCUGAUUUUGCUAUUUAUAGGUUUAUGUUUGAGUAAAAUGAACAUUGUUGUUUUAUUCUAUAAACUACAGACAACAUUUCUCCCAAAUUCUAAAUAAUUAUUUUUUCAUUUAGAGCAUUUAUUUACAGAAAAUGAGAAAUGGCUGAAAUAACAAAAAAGAUGCAGAGCUUUCAGACCUCAAAUAAUGCAAAGAAAACAGUAUUUGGUGGAAUAACCCUGGUUGUUUAAUCUCAGUUUUUUUUUAUGCAUCUUGGCAUCAUGUUCUCCUCCACCAGUCUUACACACUGCUUUUGGAUAACUUUAUGCUGCUUUACUCCUGGUGUAAAAAUCAAGCAGUUCAGUUUGGUUUGAUGGCUUGUGAUCAUCUAUCUUCCUCUUAAAUAUAUUCUACAAGUUUUCAAUUUGGUAAAAUCAAAGAAACUCUUUUUAGUGGUCCCUUAUUUUUCAUAGAGCUGUAUAUGUUUUCCUUUCUUUUCUUUUUUUGACAAACAUGCAAUAUUAUGGUGUUUCUGAGCUUUCAGCUUAAACAAAACCACAGAACAGACCAUUUGAGAUCAUUUGAAGGUUAAACGAACUGAGAAAAGUGAGAAACGCAGUGCAAUAGCGCGCUAGUUAUAUAGUAAUUAGAGUAGUGUUAGCAUUUAGCAUGAGGCCUUUCAGUUCUGCAUUCUUAGCCUGCCUGGAAAGUUUUUGCUUUUCUGCUCAGUUUGAGGAACUAACUUUAAACAUUUGGGCUGUAAUACAGUGUUGUACGUUUUACAAGUCUGAUCAAGUCAGGUUUUGUUCUUUUGUUCUAUUUUUUAGAAGCUAAAAAUUUAAUUAUUGAGCUAAAUUAGCAAACUGGCUUCGGCUAACGGCGCUAACUAACCAACCCUCCUCCUGUAGUUCAUUAACGUUAUUCAUUAACGUUAUUCAUUAACGUUAUUCAUUAACGUCUGUACAGCCAGAUAUUUCUUUCUUUCUUUUUUUUUUUUGAUGCAUGCGUUUAUAAUAUGUAAUAACUGGAUGUUGUAAAUAGCAACACAUGCCAAAGUCAUGUAUUACGAACUUAAACGAACAAAUACGCCCACUUAUAUACAAUGAACUAUAACUAUAAUUUCUGUAUGUAUGUGUAUGUGUGUGUGCGCGUGUAUGUGUGUGUGUGUCGUCUUAUGUCCUGAAGCUGUACAGUAGAAGGAGCACCAUCAUUUUGAUGCAGCACAAAAAAACACCUUUUAUUUAUUAAUGUAUUUAUAAAUUAUGUUUUUGAUUUUUGCUGCUGUUAAUCGUUUUGUAUUUUUCUUGUUUUUAAUGCCUUGGUUUUUGCUUUAAAUCACUAGUUUAGGGCUGCAACUAGCAGUUAUGUACCACUCUUAAUUAUUCAAUUAAUCAAUAAAUCUGUCUCACUUUUAAAACUUUCUGGUGUAAUGUUUAGCAGUUCAAUUUUCUGACCAUAUGAAGCCAAAUUCAAAAAUAGUAAAUUUGGUUUAUAACUUCUUUUAAAUAUUCUUUUUAAUUUCAUUCAGUAUAUAUAAAAAAAGGGGGUUUCAUCAAAUGUUUCAUCAAAUUAUCAACGUUUUCAUUCCAGCCCUUCUCAAACAGAAUUUCAAAAAGAAAGAAAAGACAGGUGAAUCUUCUCUUGAUUGUCAAAUUUGUAAAUUUUUGUGUUUUGUAACACAAAUCUGAUUUUAUAAUCCAAUUUUCAAAAUGAAAAAAUCAGAAAAUACAGGAAAUAUAUAUUUUUUAUUUUUCUUGAAAUUCUAAUUGUGAGGGGCAGAGAUGAAAAUAAUUACUAAAAUAGGAAAAAUGGAUAAACUUAUUUCGUGUAAAUUAAACUACAUUAAAAAAUGAAAAAAAAAAGGUUUUUAGAUCCAAUUUUAUUUUUUUACAUUUAGCCUUAAGUGGUCAGAAAAUUAAAUUAAUAAAUUUUACACUGACAAUUUAACAUUUAUUCCUUUUUUUUCGCUGCCAAAAUUAAAAAUAUAUUUGUUUCUGUGCCACUAUCAAUAAAGCAAUAGAAGCCACAGCGCCCUCUAUGCUUCCUGUAGUGUUAUUACAGAGUGCCCCUUCUGUUCCUGUAAAUGAAUAAUUAAUUAUAAUAAUAGUAAUUAAUAUGUACUCUCAGAAUGAGUGUUUCCAUUGUGUGAAUAUUAUAGUAGAGCAUUAUAGAGCGCCCCCUAAGCUUCCUGUUGUGUAUUACAGUCUGUCAGAAUGAUUAUGUGGAUCAUGCCAACAUUAUAGAGCAGCGUGUGGACUAAUAAUGGUCAGUUAAACCAGUUUAUCGCAUUAAAUUGACUAAUCGUUGCAGCCCUAAUAAAGAUUGGGAAUUUGUUGGAUAAGAAUAAAUGUUGUAGUAUUUGUCAUAAGCUACAGUAUUAAUGUAAUCUACUACGGUUUUUGUUUCAUUUACUGCAGCAUUUGUACCAGAUACUGCAGUGUUUGUACCAGAUACGAUACUGGAGUAUUUGUACCAGAUACUGGAGUAUUUAUACCAGAUACUGGAGUAUUUGUACCAGAUACUGGAGUAUUUAUACCAGAUACUGGAGUAUUUGUACCAGAUACUGGAGUAUUUGUACCAGAUACUGGGGUAUUUGUACCAGAUACUGGAGUAUUUGUACCAGAUACUGGAGUAUUUGUACCAGAAAUUGCUUUGUUUGUACCAGAUACUGUGGUAUUUGUACCAGAUACUGGAGUAUUUGUACCAGAUACUGGGGUAUUUGUACCAGAUACUGCAGUGUUUGUACCAGAUACUGGAGUAUUUGUACCAGAUACUGCAGUAUUUUUACAAAUGCUGUAGUAAAUGUCAUAUGCUGCAGUAUUUAUGCACCAUACAUUAGUAUUUGUCAUUAUGCUGCAGUAUUUACUCAUUAUGCUUCUUUUUAUUUUAAUUACGUAGUUUUAAAUGCUUUUUUGUAUCACUGGAACAUGUAGAGCUGUCUGAAUGAAUGAACGUCUUGGUUACUGGUGUGUUUCUCCGAGAUUGCGUACUCGCUGUUACACACACUUACACACACACACACACACCAGACACACACACACACUUCCUGAAUCAAGUUUCCUUAUUCAACCCCCUCUUCUGCUUUUUGUAUUAUACUUUUUUACAUUAACAUUAUAAUUUUUUGUUCGUUUCAGAAAAUAACUUUUUAAAACUUGUCGACAUGAUCAGCUACGAUGUUCCAGGUGUUUGUGUAUUAUUAUUAUUAUUAUUAUUAUUAUUACUCGGGAGAAAAAUCAGGGGCAGGUGUGUUUCUGUUUUUUCUCUGCUCGUGUCCUUCCAGUGCUAACUGUACAUGUUGCUCUUGUUAUCUUGAGAUAAUUUAAAAGUGACAAAUAAAUGAAUACUUCCUGA